UGCAUCUCAGUGUUCAUGUAUUCUGUUUGUUUAGCAUCCCAUGAACUUAUGAAAAAAGUUAUCGUAGACAUCAUAUGAACUAUGUACUCUAUCGGAACAAUAUUUUCUAUUUAAUCUAUACUGCUUAUUUUAAGACUAUAUAUUUUGCAGUUUUCUUCGCUCCUCCUCUUGUUAGAUUCCAUUGUGACGUUGAACUCUCGGGGAUUGGAGUUCAGAGCGGAAGACAACACAGAGAAGAAGAAAUGGCGAUGCUAGGAAGCCUUGGUGCUGCGCAGCAAAAAACAAAUACACUCGCUGGAGACAGAGAUUUAACGGAAUUUGUGUGCCCGGUUUGUCUCGAAAUCUUCGACAGUCCUGUUAUCACACAGUGCGGCCAUACGUUUUGCCAGAGCUGUCUGCAGGAGUGUCUCCGACCUCAGAAGCCUGUCUGUGCCGUGUGCCGAUCAGGGCUGGAGAAAUGGACCAGAGCCAGUGAUCUAGAUGCAAUUAUCCAUACGUCAGUUGGCGCAUGCAAGGGUUGUGGCAUAGAGGUACCACUGUCCCAGAUGCGAAGCCAUACUUCCACUUGUUCCAAAUACCAGGAGUACAUUGAGGAGGGAGUGAGGAGUUCUGCCCAAACCCAGCCUGUCGUAAUAAGCCCUGUUCCAAACCGCUACACUUUUGCCUGCCCUUACUGCAACUCCCCUAACCUGGACCAGGAUGGCCUUGUGGAGCACUGCACAUCCCAUCAUGCCAGAGACCCAGGCCAAGUGGUGUGUCCUAUCUGUGCCUCUAUGCCCUGGGGAGACCCCAACUACAGAAGUGCAGACUUCCUGCAGCAUUUGAAGAUCAGGCACACCUUCUCCUAUGACACCUUUGUGGACUACUCUACAGAUGAAAGUGCAAUGAUCCAGGAGGCUCUACAGCGGUCCUUGAUGGACCAUUGAGGUGCUCUGUGUGUGAAGGGCGAAGGGGAUGGAGGAGCAGGAGAGAUUGCUGUGGUACCUUAUGUCAGACAUAACCAAGCGUGUGCCUAUCCCAGCCAUGACUAUCCAAAACACUGCACCAUCGACUCGUCCAUUUAACAGAAAACGUGGUCCUGAAACUUUACCUAAAACACCCUCGCUGAGUACUAUACACGGAUUGAUUCUUGUAAAUCGAGUGAAAUUAAGUAUUUUGGUCUAGGUUAGAGAGUUUAAUUAAAGACUAAUUGUAGUUUAAAAGCCACUGGUAGGAAUACCUAAAGAGAAAAAGUCAGUGGGUUCUGUUAAAUGAAAACAUGUCUGUUCUGCCGUAUGUAUCGCAGUGAUGUCUGAGCUUCCAAAGUGAUGUGUUAAUAAAUAAUAUCCUAAAGACUUGA